UUUUGGUUUUGACCUUUGGUCCUCUCUGCAAACCCUCGAGGGUACUUUGUCUGGACUUUCUCUCCAGUUAAAUUCAAUAAUCAACAACUUGCAACAACGACAACAACUUCAUCAAUAAACCCAAUACAAACCUCAUCCUUUCUCUAUUGCCCUUCAUUUUUAACCUUUCACUAUCUUACACGAGGAGUGUUUGUCUAGUUUACCCGUCUUUCGGGCAUUCCAUUGAGCAGCCUUCGCCUUGUUUUCCUCUCCCCCAGAUUCAAAAACUACAGCAGAGCUGACGCUCCCACCCAUCUCCAUAUCUAACGACCGUCACGAUACCCACGACCCUAUUAAACCUACACCUGAACAGCGCCAGCGGCGGAGAAGGCUUCGAAAAACUCACAUUGAAGCGACUUCUGCAGGGAUCUCUCCUCCACCUCGAAUAAGAUUCGCCAGGCGACAACCAAGUGAAGACGAUUUCACUCAUGACUGCGAAGACGAUCCCGAAACUGAACCUCAUCCAAUAAGUGAGCAACCCUCUCCAGCUCCAGCAGGAGAAAAAAGUUCUUCCCAUCCUUCACGUAUCGAUAAACAUACUGCGAGUGCUAUCCUUUAUACACUCGAAGAAGCAUUGCGCCAACCCAACCCAUUCACUCCAGAUUAUAUUGAAGAAAACGCUUCAAUGUCAGAUUUGUUAGGCGGAGCUACGGGCUCGGUUAACAAUGCCGCUAGGCCAGCAGCUUCAGGUUCACCCCACAUUCGUGGCCCUAGAGAUAUUAUGAGAGAUAGACAAGCUCGGGAAGCUCGAAAAGCAUCGGAAGCAUCCGAACAAAAAGCCAGAGCAGCCGAACAAAAACGAAACGAAGAAGAAUUAAUGAGACAAGCAGAGAGAAGAGCAGCUGCUGGCGCUGCAGCACAAAGAAUUGAAGAACGUGGUGAAGGACAACGGAUUUCGGGCAAUUCGCAAAGAAUAGAUCGAAGAGCUGGAGAUCGAACAACCAGUGGUGGAGAAACUAUAAAGCCAGUUGAUCUACCUAUGCAAAGACGUAAUACUUCGGCACGAGCUCCUGUAGGCCCAGAAGUUGCACCACUUCGACUUCCAAUGCAGUCAACAAAACCCACCGAGACUGGCGGCACAAGCCAACCAGGUUUAUCCACUGGAGCUGGCCCAACUCAACCUACACCCUUGACGAUUCCAGGCCGUGAAGGCCCGACUCGAUCAUCGUUUCCUCAUGCAUUUGAGCGCUGGGAGACUCUCUCUGCACAUUGGGAGGGUCUAACGAGUUUUUGGCUUCGCAGACUUGAAGAAAAUUCCUCCGAGAUCAAUCGCGAUCCGCUAUCACAACAAUUAUCUCGACAAAACACUGAUCUGUCAGCUGCUGGUGCAAACCUGUUUCAUGCCGUUGUCGAAUUACAACGUUUACGGGCUUCAUCUGAGCGCAAAUUUCAGCGGUGGUUUUUCGAGACAAGAGAACAAGAAGAACGUGCUACGGAGAACUUGGCAGUAAUGGCUAAACAAUUAGAGGAUGAGCGCAACUCCAGAAGUCAGGCUAUAAAGGAGGCUAUUGAGGCGGACAGACGAAAGGAUCACUCAGAGAAGGUUAUCUCCGAGUUGAAAAGAGAGCUAGAGAUCGCAAGAAGUGAGGCUCGCAGAGCAUGGGAUGAACUUGGUCGUCGCGAGACGGAGGAACGUGAGCGAACAAUCUCUCUACGAGAAGGCCAACCGACAUUAUUAGGUGGAGUCCAAGUCGUUCCAAUGAUUCAAGGCGUUCCAAGUCGACAUGGAAGCACUGCCGUUAGGGAUCUCCCACCAACGAGACAAGGAGGCCCCUCGGAUUCUGGAAGCGGAAGUGUACGGACAGGAGGCCGAUUUGCAGAUCCUGAGAGCCCCACUGGAUCCAAUGACGUCUACCAACAAUACCAACGCUCUCAGCGUGCCGAACCCGCUGAUCCCUUCAUCGAUAAUGGUCGCCAACGUCGAGCUGCCGCAACGACAUCUGCACCAUCCUCGGCCGGUGGAACACCAUAUACCCAAGCACCGGCUGUACAGCCCGCAUCGCCCGGUACCUACUAUCAACAAUCUGGAGGCCAUCCAAUUAAUCCAAGUACCCAAGCCGGCCGGACCGAGGGACAGUACGACGGAUCAAAUAGCGAUGACGAAUAUGAGAUUGACGAACAGGGUCGCUAUGUUCUUGAUGCUGAUGGCAACAGAAUUCGAUAUUCCAACGAUGUUUCGGACAGUGAUACAGCUGAGUAUGAGCAUAGUCCUCGUCAACAUCGUCAAGGCCGUGCUCCCAUUACUGGACCUCCGAUCCCAAUGUCUGGCGUCGAGUAUGGACAAGGUCCAACGACAAGCACAGCUGGCAAUCCCGCUCCUACUCCUGCUACCACAGUAGACUAUUCAGGAUCUGGAUAUGGAGCAGGUGGUGCAGGUGUAGGCUGGGAAUCAUUCCCUCGUCACCAUCAUCCAACUCGUCUCAGCGAUGUCUUGGAAGAAGAUGAGAGAAGUCGCACAAGUGCAAGCCAGGUCAGUCGACGAGAAUAGACAUGAUGGUGAUCAUAUUAUUAUGACUUCUCGGUGGUUUUCCAGCGAAUCUAUCAUCACAUCAUCUUUAGUUUGCUUUGCUGGAUUAUUAUUUGUAUUUAUCUACUUGAGAUAAAUUAGUUGAUUGAGAUCAUGAAAUCCUUGGAAAGGAUGUUCUAUGGGGUACUUACUUCGUGGGAACGGCGUACUUUUGCUUUAUUUUAUGUCCACUUUCCUAUCUAAUAGAAUAUCCCAGGAAAGAGCGGGUGAAUUGAUUCCCUGGUAAAUGCAUCAUGCAUGGAACUGGCGUUGCAAAGGAAUUUUUGGUAAAUUAAUUUGAGCGAAGGAGCAUAUUCAAUUCGAUGCAUCAAGCGAGAGGGAGGAAGGCACCCCUUUUAUGUACCUCUGUAAGAUAGAGGAAGAAGCUGCAUAU